GAGGUCGGUGGGAAAGAUUGGGGGGGGGGCGGGCAUUUAAACAACAGCAUCAAACCCGCCAGAGCAUCAAGGGAGCAUUUAGUAAUUGCUUUUGGGUUUUGGAAUCACCCUCUGGACCAGGGAGUGAGCGAUCCUGAGUAGGGAGAGUGCAGGACAGGCGAGGCGCUCCAGCCGUAGCCACCUCCUUCCUGGCCGCCCCCUCCUCACUCCCCCGACACACUCGCUCGCUCGCCGCUCGCCGGCGUGCGCACCCCCCUCCCUGCCGGACCCGCACCUCGGCGGGCGCCACACACUCGGCAGCCCGAGCCGCUGUAGCCCAGCGGGAUGGAAGCGGCAGGCACCGAGCGCCCCGCAGGCUGGCCCGGGGCGCCCAUCGCCCGGACAGGGCUGCUCCUCUUGUCUACGUGGGUCCUGGCCGGCGCCGAGAUUACUUGGGGCACGACGGGAGGUCCCGGGCGCCUGGUGUCUCAGGCUUCGCGGCCACCAGCGUUGCCUCCUCUCUUGCCUCGGGCAGAGAUGAACCGGUGGCCUGAGGAGCUGGCGACUGCACGGAGAGCCACCGCGCCGAGUCGCAGGUCUAGGCUAGAGCUACUGCCCCGGGCGAGCGGCGGGGAGAUACCGGCUGGAGCUGAGGGAAUGUCGCCUGGAGACGUGAGGUGGGUCCGGGGCAUCCCGGCUCCCAGAACGGCAGCCAGCUCGAGGAGGACUCGCCGGGCACAGCCCCCCAGUACCCUGGAGCGCGGGGACGCUUGGGCUACUGCUCCUGCAGAUGGUGCCAAAGGCAGCCGCCCUCAAACCAAGGGUUCCCGGGAAGAGGUGAAGGCGACGCGGACUGGAGGACCGGCGGCUGAGGAGCUCAGGCUGCCCAGCACGUCUUUUGCUCUGACUGGAGACUCGGCCCACAAUCAAGCCAUGGUGCACUGGUCGGGACACAACAGCAGCGUUAUACUGAUCCUGACGAAACUGUACGACUUCAACCUGGGGAGUGUGACUGAGAGUUCUCUGUGGAGGUCGACGGACUAUGGCACCACCUAUGAAAAACUAAAUGACAAAGUGGGUUUGAAGACCGUCCUCAGUUACCUUUAUGUCAACCCCACCAACAAAAGGAAGAUCAUGCUUCUCAGUGACCCUGAGAUGGAGAGCAGCAUAUUGAUCAGCUCGGAUGAAGGGGCGACUUACCAGAAGUACCGGCUCACAUUCUACAUCCAGAGCCUGCUCUUCCAUCCCAGGCAGGAGGACUGGGUGCUGGCCUACAGCUUGGAUCAGAAGCUUUAUAGCUCCAUGGACUUUGGAAGACGAUGGCAACUCGUGCAUGAGCGCAUCACACCCAACAGAUUUUACUGGUCGGUGUCUGGAUUGGAUAAGGAGGCAGACCUGGUGCACAUGGAAGUGAGGACAGCAGAUGGAUAUGCCCACUACCUCACCUGCAGGAUCCAGGAAUGUGCUGAGACAACUCGGAGUGGACCCUUUGCCCGCUCCAUUGACAUUAGCUCCUUGGUUGUCCAAGAUGAGUAUAUCUUCAUUCAGGUAACCGUAGGCGGAAGAGCCAGCUACUACGUGUCCUAUCGAAGAGAAGCCUUUGCCCAGAUAAAGCUGCCCAAGUACUCCUUGCCAAAGGACAUGCACAUCAUCAGCACAGAUGAGAACCAAGUGUUUGCAGCCGUCCAAGAAUGGAACCAGAACGACACGUACAACCUCUACAUCUCAGACACGCGCGGGAUCUACUUUACUCUGGCCAUGGAGAACAUUAAGAGCAGUCGAGGUCUAAUGGGAAACAUCAUUAUUGAACUAUAUGAGGUAGCAGGUAUCAAGGGGAUAUUCCUGGCAAAUAAGAAGGUAGAUGACCAGGUGAAGACAUACAUCACUUACAACAAAGGCAGGGAUUGGCGUCUGCUACAAGCUCCAGAUGUGGACCUGAGAGGAAGUCCAGUGCACUGCUUACUGCCCUUCUGUUCCUUACACCUUCAUCUGCAGCUCUCUGAAAACCCGUAUUCCUCCGGAAGGAUCUCUAGCAAGAACACAGCCCCUGGACUUGUGGUGGCCACAGGCAACAUUGGCUCAGAACUCUCCUAUACAGAUAUUGGUGUGUUCAUCUCCUCCGAUGGGGGCAACACAUGGAGACAGAUCUUUGAUGAAGAGUACAAUGUCUGGUUCCUAGACUGGGGUGGCGCCCUCGUGGCCAUGAAACACACACCUCUGCCAGUCAGGCACUUGUGGGUGAGUUUUGAUGAGGGCCACUCCUGGAGCAAAUAUGGUUUCACAUUGCUGCCUCUCUUCGUGGAUGGGGCAUUGGUGGAGGCAGGAGUAGAGACCCACAUCAUGACAGUUUUUGGCCACUUCAGCCUACGCUCCGAAUGGCAGUUGGUGAAAGUGGACUACAAGUCUAUCUUCAGCCGGCGCUGCACCAAGGAGGACUUUGAGACUUGGCACCUGCUCAAUCAGGGAGAGCCUUGUGUCAUGGGGGAAAGGAAAAUAUUCAAGAAACGCAAGCCAGGUGCCCAGUGUGCCCUUGGCAGAGAUUACUCUGGGUCGGUGGUAUCAGAGCCUUGUGUCUGUGCUGACUGGGACUUCGAAUGUGACUAUGGCUAUGAGAGACACGGGGAAAGCCAGUGUGUUCCUGCUUUCUGGUACAACCCAGCUUCCCCCUCCAAGGACUGCAGCCUUGGUCAAAGCUACCUUAAUAGCACUGGGUACCGUAGGAUUGUAUCCAACAACUGCACAGAUGGGUUAAGGGAUAAGUACUCUGCUAAGACUCAGCUGUGUCCAGGAAAAGCUCCUCGGGGCCUCCAUGUGGUAACCACUGAUGGGCGCCUGGUGGCGGAGCAGGGCCAUAAUGCAACCUUCAUCAUUCUAAUGGAAGAGGGUGACCUCCAAAGGACGAACAUCCAGCUUGACUUUGGGGAUGGUAUUGCUGUGUCCUAUGCCAACUUCAGCCCCAUUGAGGAUGGCAUCAAGCAUGUGUAUAAGAGUGCAGGGAUCUUCCAGGUGACAGCCUAUGCAGAGAACAACCUUGGUUCUGAUACAGCUGUCCUGUUCCUGCACGUGGUUUGUCCAGUGGAACAUGUUCACCUUCGAGUUCCAUUUGUCGCCAUAAGAAACAAGGAUGUCAACAUCAGUGCAGUUGUGUGGCCCAGUCAAAUGGGAACCCUUACCUACUUCUGGUGGUUUGGCAACAGCACAAAGCCCCUCAUAACCUUGGACAGCAGCAUCUCUUUCACAUUCCUUGCAGAGGGAACCAACACCAUCACUGUCCAGGUAGCUGCUGGGAAUGCCCUCAUCCAAGACACAAAAGAGAUUGCAGUACACGAAUACUUCCAGUCCCAGCUCUUAUCGUUCUCUCCCAAUCUGGAUUACCACAAUCCUGAUAUUCCUGAGUGGAGGCAAGACAUUGGCAAUGUUAUAAAGCGAGCUCUGGUUAAGGUGACCAGUGUCCCAGAAGAUCAGAUCCUCGUGGCUGUGUUCCCGGGUCUCCCCACUUCAGCAGAGCUUUUCAUCCUCCCGCCCAAGAACUUGACGGAGAGGAGGAAAGGCCACGAAGGGGAUCUAGAACAGAUUGUAGAGACACUAUUUAAUGCACUCAACCAAAACUUGGUACAGUUUGAGCUGAAGCCAGGGGUCCAGGUCAUUGUAUAUGUCACUCAGCUGACAUUAGCUCCACUGGUGGACUCCAGCGCUGGGCAUAGCAGCUCCGCCAUGCUCAUGCUCUUGUCAGUGGUUUUUGUUGGCUUGGCUGUGUUUUUGAUCUACAAAUUUAAAAGAAAAAUCCCCUGGAUUAACAUCUAUGCCCAAGUCCAACAUGACAAGGAACAGGAGAUGAUUGGGUCAGUGAGCCAAAGCGAAAACGCCCCCAAAAUCACACUCAGUGAUUUCACUGAACCAGAGGAGCUGCUGGACAAAGAGCUGGAUACGCGGGUCAUAGGAGGCAUUGCCACCAUUGCCAACAGCGAGAGCACAAAGGAGAUCCCCAACUGUACUAGUGUGUAACCAAGAAGCCACAUGGUCAACCACCCUCCUGACUUUUUAUUUUUGAUGACG